CAUUCAGUUUUGCUUCACCAUGAUAAGACUACUGAAUGCGAUAUUGCUGAUUGCCAAAGUGAACUAUUCGGGAGCAAAUUUCAUUGAGAAUCAAAACAUUCAAAACAGCUCAAGUUCAGUGAGCUUCUCCAACCUACCGCGAACAUGCUCGCUCGCGACUAGUCGCCACUCCGGCGUUCAGCUGAUCCAUCCCCAACCAGGAUUCCGUGAACCGUUCGAGGUGUUCUGCGACCAGGACUACGAGGGUGGAGGCUGGAUCGUGAUUCAGAACCGCUACGACGGAUCGGUUCACUUCUACCGCGAUUGGAGCGAGUACGAGCGUGGCUUUGGAGACUUGGAGGAGGAAAUGUGGCUGGGACUGGGCAAGAUUCACGAGUUGACCUACUCGAGGCGGUACGAGUUGCACGUGCUGUUGGAGGAUUGGGAGGGGAUUCGUGCGGUGGCACGAUACAGUGACUUUUUGGUGGCUGGACCGGCGGAGAAGUACAUGCUGAGGAGUUUGGGAAACUUUAGUGGGAAUGCUGGAGAUUCUCUGAGAGAGCAGCUGGGCAUGAAGUUUACCACGUUUAAUGCUGAUAACGAUCUUAACGCGGGCAAUUGUGCUGUCGCUUGUUCAACAACCCAAAUCCGCACAAAUCCUCCCCAAACAUGCUCACUUUCAACCAAUCGCCACUCAGGGAUCCAGCUAAUCCACCCCCAACCGGGAUUCCGCGAACCGUUCGAGGUAUUCUGUGACCAGGAGUACGAGGGUGGAGGUUGGGUCGUGAUCCAAAAUCGCUACGAAGGAUCGGUUCACUUUUACCGAGGUUGGAACGAUUACGAGCGUGGAUUUGGCAGCCUAAACGGCGAGUUUUGGUUAGGUUUGAGCAAGAUUCACGAACUGACCUAUUCGAGACGGUACGAGUUGCACGUGCUCCUGGAGGAUUGGGAAGGAAUUCGAGCGGUUGCUCGGUACGAUAACUUUUUGGUGGCUGGACCGGAGGAGAAGUACAUGCUGAGGAGCUUGGGAAACUUUAGUGGGAAUGCAGGGGACUCGCUGGAUUACCAUCUUGGUAUGAAAUUCACCACAUUUGACGCAGAUAACGAUCUUUCCACAGGCAAUUGUGCUGUCACCUUUUACGGUGCAUGGUGGUAUAGAGCUUGUCAUGGCAGCAACUUGAAUGGACUAUACAUGCAAGGAUUCAAUCGUACAGGAAUGGACUGGAGAACGUUCAGACCUGAUGGAUACAGUCAAAGAAUGUCACGGAUGAUGAUUCGGGCUAGAAACUGAACUCAUUUGCUUACUGUCAAUUACUAUAAUAAAGUACUUAAAAG